CUGUCCCUGAGUCCCUGCGGGCACCGACCGCGCUCCCGCCGCGCCCCGCGCAGCCGCCCCUCGCCGGCGCCGCUCGGGGGGUUAUUUUUCCUUUUUUUUUUGCUUUCCCCCCCAUUUUUAAGUUUUCCUCCCGCUUCCCCUCCGCACCGGCACUUCCGGCUGGUUUCCGGGCGGUUUCCGGGCGAGCGGCUCCGUCGGCGGCGGGGGCGAUGCUGGAGGCGGCGGCGGGGGCCGCUGCGGGCGGCGCGGAGCAGCGCGGCAGCCGCUUCAGCGUCCUGACGUGGGAGCAGGUGCAGCGGCUGGACCAGAUCCUGGGCGAGGCCGUGCCCAUCCACGGCCGCGGCAACUUCCCCACGCUGUCGGUGCGGCCGCGCACCAUCGUGCAGGUUGUCCGAAGCCGCCUGGAGAAGAAGGGAAUCCCAGUGCACAACGUGAGGCUGAAUGGCUCAGCAGCCAGUCAUGUCCUACACCAGGACAGUGGCUUGGGCUACAAGGACCUGGACCUCAUCUUCGGCGUGGAUCUGAAGACCGAGGACGUUUUCCAGCUGGUUAAAGAUGUGGUCAUGGAUUGCCUGCUCGACUUCCUCCCCGAAGGAGUCAACAAGGACAAGAUCACGCCCGUGACCCUGAAGGAGGCCUAUGUGCAGAAGCUGGUGAAGGUGUGCAACGAGACCGACCGCUGGAGCCUCAUCUCGCUCUCCAACAACAGCGGCAAGAACGUGGAGCUCAAGUUCGUGGACUCCCUGCGGCGCCAGUUCGAGUUCAGCGUGGACUCCUUCCAGAUCAUCCUGGACUCGCUCCUGCUCUUCGGGGAGUGCUCGGAGAACCCCAUGGCCGAGAACUUCCACCCCACGGUCACCGGGGAGAGCAUGUACGGGGACUUCGAGGAGGCCAUGGAGCACCUGCGGCAGCGCGUCAUCGCCACGCGCAACCCCGAGGAGAUCCGGGGCGGGGGGCUCCUCAAGUACUGCAACCUCCUGGUCAGGGGCUUCAAGCCCAAGUCCGAGGUGGAUAUGAAGGCCCUGCAGAGGUACAUGUGCUCCAGGUUUUUCAUAGACUUCUCUGACAUCGGCGAGCAGCUGAGGAAGCUGGAGUGUUACCUGCAGAGCCACUUUGUGGGCAUGGAGAGCAACAGAUAUGACUAUUUGAUGACCCUGCACAGGGUGGUCAACGAGAGCACGGUCUGCCUCAUGGGACACGAGAGGAGGCAGACCCUGAACCUCAUUGCCAUGCUGGCCGUGAGGGUCCUGGCUGAGCAGAACAUCAUCCCCACCGUCACAAACGUUACCUGCUUCUACCAGCCAGCCCCUUAUGUCAGUGAAAUAAACUUCAACUACUACGUGACCCACGUGCAGCCCUUCCUGCCUUGCAAUCAGUCCUACCCCACGUGGCUUCCCUGUAACUGAGCCAGGACAAACUCCAGGGUCUGUCCUCCAAGGCUGCUCCUACCCACAGCCACACUACACUGAGAUUCCCUCCUUCCCUUUGAGAUGUCCAGCAGAUCCCCUACAGCCAGCAGCUCGACAGGGCGACCUACCAUUGAGAUUGCACUUUGGAUUUAUGGAGUGUGUGUGGUGGGACUCUUGUGAGUGGCUUGAGCCUGAAUUUUUCUAGACCUUGCAGUGAUACUGUGCUGCCUCCUGUGAGGGGGGCAAUUGGAAGAUUCCAGUAGCUUGAAUGGCACUUGAUUUCUUUUUUUUUUUUCGUUGUUUUGUUUGUUUUAAAUGUCUUUUUUUUUUUUCCUACACCUGUAUCACCUGUCAUGCGAUGGGCUUGACAUAGACUCACUAGAUUCUUUAGAAUCUGUUACGAAUAAAUACAGUGUAUUCAAGUUUGUUGG